AUGGGCGACUAUGAUGCAAUAAACGACGAGAUAAAGAAUUUUCUAAGUCUUACAGACAGAAGCCCGUGCGAGGAUGCCCUUCCAGCCAAGGAUAUAAAGACGAGCGAGGAGAACAUCUCCUCCCUUGUAGCCCUUCUCACGAGCCUGCAGAAUGUGUACAAUGAGAUCAACACAAACCUUGCUGCAGGGGAUAAUGAAGGGCUCAAGAAUGUUAUUCUAAACAGUGAUGUCAAGAUGUCUCUUGUAUGCGAGUCUCUCAUGAGGGUGCUGAAGGAUGUGUCGCAGGAAAAAGGCGAGCUUGUGAAGAGCGAGGAGGAAUACAAGGAGAGGAUAAGGAAGAUGAACGAGGACAGGGAAGGUUUUGAAAUCAGAAUAAACAAGUUAGAGAGUGACCUCGAGUUUUUCAACCGGGCAAACCAGGAGCUCAGCAGGAUCAUCCGGGAUCAGAAGAGUAAGAUCCAGGCCUUCAAGGAGAAGGCGGAUCUCGAGAAGAGAAACUGUGAUAGCUUCCGAUCUAUAAAUGGGGAGCUAGAGAUUCUAAGGAAAAAGGCGUUAGAGAAGUGCGAGGUCUAUGAGAAAGAGGUAGGGGUGCUGAAGGAGUAUAUAAAGGAAAGGGGAGGAGAGAUAGAAAGGCUGAAGAACGAUGCCAAGCAAGGAGAGGUAGAAAGAGAAGGUCUCAGCAGAAAAAUAGUAGGCCUUGAGAAGAGUAAUGAGCUGCUUCGGAAGAAGCUGGAGAUGAAGGAAAGUGCCAUUGGGAUGUGCAAUUCUGAGCUAUCGAAGUUGAUUUCAAAAGAAAAGAGGGUUGAGAAUGAGGUUGAGAAGAUGAAGGAAAGGGCGUCCUAUUAUGAGAGGCUUUACAAGGCCACCAACAGCCAAAACGAGUAUCUCAACAGACAGCUCUCGAAGAUGAUACGGGACAGCGACAAGAUAGAGGUUCCCGAAUACGAUCCAAAUGCUCAGGAGGAGAUGACGGCGAUGUCGAAUGAGAAGAAGACCAACGAUUCUGAGCAGAGCGACUUGAAGAGAAUUAAAAGAUACAGGAGACGAAUCCAGGAGCAAAAAAGGAUGAACGAGAAGCAGAGGACAGAGAUGCAAGACCUGAGCCGAGAGAUUGAGGGGCUUAGAAAUGAGGUUUCAAGACUUCAAGAGGAAAGGACGAGGACGAUUGAUGCAAACAGCAAGAUCAUGGAGGAGCUUAUGAGCAAGGUUGAAAAGCUGCUAGAGAAGAACAGGGAAUACCAGGGGGUUAUCUAUGAACUCCGAGGAAGGGGUGCAAAGGAGGAUAGAAGCAGGGUGGACUUCAACGAAAGCUUCAGGACUGUGAACGAUGGAGAGAAUGAGCAAGUUGAGAAGGAAGAUCUUUUCAUUCCCCAGGCUUCUGGAAGAGAUGAGGGGUGGAGAGGCGGAAAUGGAGUAAGGCCAUUUGCACUUGAAGACGAUUACGAAGAAAAAGCAAAUGAUGGCUUAUAUGACACAAGCAAGAUUUAUAGGAUGGGUGUCAGGAAUAUACCUUCAAGGUUGAGCUUCCCAAAGAAGGACGAAGCCGAUGGAGAGGUUGCUGAACAAAUCAAGCUAAAUCUUCCUGACAGUUUUUUUAACAGCCUUGCAAAUCCCAAAAAAGAAGUAGACCUGCGUAACGAAGAAGGCCUGCUGGUAAGAGAAGAGGACACUAGAGAAGAGCGUAGAGGGACAGAAUAUUUGGAUGACCCAUUUGACAGUAUAAGCAAUAAGAACCUUGGUAAGGGUGUGGAAGGCAAAGGAGAGUCUGACGCAAGUGGCACAUCACCGAAAACUGUUCGCACAACCUCUACUCUGCAUGAGAUGCUCAGAAGAACAGAUGCUUUGCAAGAAAAGUUCGACAAAUUAGAAGACCAUCUCAAUGCAAUAAGGAAUAGCGACAAGAUUGAUGCUGAGAAGGUUCAUGACCAGAUCAAGGCCUAUAAGAACUACUACUACUCUGAUUACCUGGACAUGUCAAACGAGUCUGACGUCAUCUAG